AUGGAACUCCUUAAUAAUCUUUUCAGGGCUUCUUCGUUCCAAAACGUUGGCUCGAUAAUGCAAUUAUAUCAACAUAAUCCUGUUCUUGGUGACUUUUCUUCUCAACAACCACCCUUUUCGUUACCUCCUGAGCAUACGAAUUCUUUAUCGUCAUCCACGGACCUUAAUAACAAACAUGAAGAAGAGCCUUUAAAUAAACAAGACCUGCAACGACUUGAAAAAGUCAUUGAUUUAAUAUUUCCGAACAAAUCUGCCGCUGCAAAAGAAGCUGUUUCUAUUCUUUUAAGAUCUUCAAAUGCAUCUUCCACGAAAGACGACGAUGCAACUUCUAUGGUCCUUGACCUUCCAAUGAUCGUUGAUCAAGGCUUUGAAGCUGAUCAAAUAAAGUCUCCAUUGGGUCAUAUGUUAAACCAUACCUUCCCUAAUUCUUUGGUUGAAUUAGUUGGAAAACUUAACAAGAUGUCUAUAAACCCUGCAAGGCUAGAUUUUAUGAAUCCAAGCGCGAAUCCACCUUUAAUAAAAUCGAGCUCUUCCAAUAACUCUUCUUUAGUUAAUUUGGAUCCUCCAUCAAAAGAAUUGCGUAAAAAAUUGAUAAAUGAUUACUUUACCAAAUUUAAUGUUGUUGUUCCUAUUCUCGAUCGUAAAAAAUUCGCUGGUAUAUGGAAAGAUAAAUCUCAUCUUUCUGAAUUGUUGGUUAAUUCGACUUUAGCUGUAGCUGCUGCAAGGUAUUCUAAUGACCCAUCGAUACAAAAAACACCAAAUAAACCAGGCGGCGUGUUUUUCGACUCCGCAAAGAGGUUAUUAGAUGCUAUGUACGAUACUCCAAGGCUUGAGACUGUCCAAGCUUUAUUUCUAUUAAGCCAUGCGGAGGUCAGUGUAUCACGUAUAAAUAGUGGAUCGAUGUUUCUUGGCAUGGCCGUACAAAUGGCCCAUGCUUUACAUCUUGAACGAGAUGAAAGUUCUUUACAUCCGGAAGAGGAAGAAGAAAAGCGUAGAGUGUUUUAUUGCAUUUAUUGUUGUGAAAGAUGGUCAUCAUUUUCAAUGGGCAAACCUUCCAGUAUAGACGAUAUAAAUAUCAAUGUUCCCUUACCUACACUGAAUUCUUUCAGUUUUCCAACAAGGAGCUUCUUCAUAGCCUUUGUGAAGUUAUCACGAAUACUUGGUCAAAUUUGGAAAUUUGGUUAUUCUUCUCAACCUAAAGCUACACAUACAAGUUGGUUGGAUCAAGUAAUGGAUCGAAAAAGUAUGCUAAGACAAAUCCGUUCAGCAUUGGCCAAAUGGUUAAAGGAACUGCCUGAUGAAUUACAAUACCAAUAUUUGCCUAAUACUGACCCACGAAGUCUCAUUCAAUUGGCAACAUUUUCUAUUUUUUCUGGAUAUAUUAAUAUUCUUUUUCAUACUUGUAUAAUUGUACUUCAUCAACCAUAUUUGAGUAGUGCUUAUAAGAAUCCAAAAGUUGAAAUGCAAGGUCCAAGUGGCCCGAUUAAAACGUGUCUUACUGCGGCUACGACACUUACAGACAUCGCCAGAACGACACGGAAAUAUGACAGGGAAUCAAUUUGCAACUUUCAAUAUCUUAUAUAUGGAUUAUUACAGUCGACAAUGGUGGAAUUGGACGUUAUUUAUGAGACACAAGAGUACGAUCCAAGCGCUAAAAAGGCUUUAGACGACUCAAUUGAAGAAUUAAGAUUUGCUGCGGAAAAUUCUAGAUUUAUUUCUCUCCAAGAAACAGUUAAAGAAUUAGAGGGGGUAAUAAUGAUAGUUAACGGAAAAUCUUCAGACAUUGUGAUUCCAUUUCCAGUUGUUAUGCAAAUGAUGGAAUCUCGGAAUAAU